GGGUCCCCAGAGCCCGCCCGCCGGUGACCAUGGAGGCCAGAGCGCUCUGGCUGCUGGUGGUGGUCCUGGUGCUGGGGUCCUCCAGCUGGGCAGCAGCGUACCAGGGCCUGUCGUCGGACCUGUGUGAGGUGCCGGCCAAGGACAGGGUGGACUGUGGCUACCCCAACAUCACCCCCGAGCAGUGCACCGGUCGGGGCUGCUGCUUCGACUCCAGGACCCACGGGGUGCCCUGGUGCUUCAAGCCUCUGCAGGACACAGAAUGCAGAUUCUGAAGCAAUGUCCACUGGCCCUGGACAGCCCGGGAUAUGACCGUCCGCACUCGGGGCACCCUGCCUGUGUCCUCUGCCUGCUGUGGCUCAUCCCUGCUUCUCUCCCACCCUGAUCCCGCAAGGCCCUUCCCUGAAAGCUAGGGCCUGGGGCCUGAUGUCUUAACGAAUAAAGAUCCCGAACUCAGCAUGAGGGCCGUUCUUGGUUCCUGAGACUCCAUGCUCUUGUGUUUUAUUUCAGCCAAGUGGCUCUCCUUCCUUAGCCUCUCCCAGAGGGGGGUGGUGGGAGGGGGUGCGAGCGCCUCCAGCCCAGGGCCUCCCAGCCCCCCUCCCCACCCCAGAGCUGAAAGACGACCCUAAGUAGCUGCACUGUUUGCAUGAGGAUGUCGCAGGUCUCAGACCAAGCC